AUGCUGUCAUCAAUCAGGGUAGCAAAACUCGGAAUCAAUGCAUUUUUGCAAAAAUUUAAAACUAAAAAAACAAAGCAAUAAAUAAUUGCAACGAAACAAUUGAACUUUGAAUGUUAUUCAUCAAUCAAUUGUCAACAUUCAUUACAUUUCAGAUUUGCUACGAAGCAAGAUUGUAUUUUAAUAACAAUUGGUUUAUUGGCGAGUUUUAUAUCGGGAAUAUCUUUGUCUUAUUCCAUCACGUUAGUUUCCUAUGGAUUCCAGUCAAUGAUCAAUUACGCUAAGGGAGAUAAAAGUGCGGAGACGGAAGCGUAUUUUUUAAAUGAAAUCCAAGAUUUUGUGCGUAAAUACUCGUGUGUUGGUGGUUUAUUACUGCUAGGAGGUUACUUGGGAACUGCGCUUAUGAAUAUUACGGCUAUUCGUCAGGUGCUAAAGCUAAGACAAGAAUAUUUGAGAGCGGCCUUAAAUCAGGACUUUGCGUACUAUGAUCUGCACCAUACCGGGGAUUUCGCUUCAAAGAUGGCAGACGACGUUAUAAAGUUGGAACAAGGUAUUGGAGGCAAGCUGGCGUCGCUUAUCUACAGUUUAGCAGUAGCACUUGGUUGUAUCGUCAUGUCGCUGAUGAAGGGUUGGAAACUCGCCUUGCUCUGUCUUAUUCCUGCACCAAUAACAUUUUUUCUGGUUGGAUUAACGGGAUGGAUCGCCAACAAAUUGUACAAGAAGCAAUCUAAAGCUAAAAGCGAUGCCAGUAUGGUUGCUGAGGAAGCUAUAAGCUCUAUCAGAACAGUCUACGCUUUUAAUGGGCAAGAGAAAGAGAUAGCAAGAUAUCGCAAACACCUAAUUAGAGCGAGAAAUAUUCACAUUAAAAAAGAAGUAUUCACCGGACUGUCGAUGGGCACACUUUUCUUCUGCGUAUUUGGCUCUUACGCUAUAUCCUUUUAUUUUGGAAUUUAUCUCGUUAUAACGGAGCCGGCAACCUAUAAUGCCGAUGUCAUGUUUUCAGUAUUUUUCGGGAUAAUGACAGCUUUAGGUAAUUUCGGUAUGGUUGCCUCUCUAAUGAGUACAUUUGGUUCAGCAAGGGGCGCCGGGGCACAAAUAUUUCAAACUCUUGACACUGUGCCAACCAUAAACCCCACAUUAAAUACAGGAGUCAAACCAAAUGAUUUCAGAGGAGAUAUUGAAUAUAAAAACGUUGUAUUUCACUAUCCGUCUAGACCGGAUAUUACUGUACUAAAAGAUGUAAAUUUGACAAUAAAACACGGUCAAACAGCUGCAUUGGUAGGACAUUCUGGUUGUGGGAAAUCGACAAUUAUUCAGCUUUUAUCCAGAUAUUAUGAUAUUGAAGAGGGCUCUAUAAAAUUAGAUGGAUAUAAUGUAAAGGAUCUGUCUGUAAAAUGGUUGCGAUCCCAAAUUGGUCUUGUUUGGCAAGAGCCUGUUUUAUUUAGUACCAGUAUUCGUGAAAACAUUCGCUAUGGCUACGAAAACGCCACAAACAGAGAUGUUGAAGACGCUGCGAGGCAGGCUAAUGCUCAUGACUUCAUAAUGAAACUACCAUUAGGCUACGAUACAUUGGUCGGCGAACGCGGUGCGUCACUAUCGGGCGGUCAGAAGCAACGCAUAGCAAUCGCUCGCGCGCUCGUUCGUAACCCGCGAAUCCUUUUACUCGACGAAGCCACUAGCGCACUCGACACGGCUUCUGAGCAUAAAGUACAGAAGGCUUUGGAUAAGGCUACUAAAGGUCGAACAACACUUAUAAUAGCCCAUCGGUUAUCAACUAUACGAAAUGUGGAUAUAAUUUACGUGAUGCAUGAGGGUCAAGUGGUGGAAUCGGGAAGCCAUGAUCACUUAUUAAAUGCGCAAGGCUAUUAUUAUAAAAUGUUUAAAAGUGUGACAGAAGAGGAAAUAAAAUCAAGUAGCAAAGUAAGCUUACUAAGCCAAGAGGAAUCAUUCAUAUCAAAUGAAAAGGAAAAUUUAACAAUAUUAGAUGUAAGAAAAUCUUUUCUACUUCAAUAUGAAGAACAUGGUAAGUCGUAUGAUUGUUUAUAUAAUGUUUACUUACAGGAAAUUGAUGACAAGAAUGUCAAAGGACCGUCCCUCUCAUUUAGAAGAGUAAUAAUGUUGAAUGCACCUGAAUGGAAACUUAUCUGUCUAGGCUGUCUCUGUUCCAUUGUAACUGGCUUCUCUGUACCAUUAUUUGUCGUUUUAUUCGGAGAUUUGUUUGGUUCUAUGGCAUCAAGUGAUCCACAGCAUUUAAUGAAAAAAGUUGAGAAAGUCUCGAUGUCUUGUAUUUUUAUUGGAUGCGCUAUAGGACUAGCAAACUUUAUUGAGACGAUUGCAUUCGGUGCGUCUGGGGCCUAUUUAACAGAAAGAUUAAGAUUGAAAAUGUUUACCCAUUUAUUGCAACAGCAUAUUGGCUUUUUUGACGAUCGCUCGCAUUCGACUGGUGCUCUUUGCGCUCGGCUCUCGUCUGAAGCAGCGUACGUGCAGGGGGCUACAGGUCAACAGGUGGGUAUUAUUCUGCAAGGUCUCGGCUCAGUGGGUCUGGCUUUCUUCCUGGCGAUGUGGUUUGAGUGGCGCGUCGGCCUGGUAGUAUUGUGUUUUAGCCCAGUCCUUGUAUUCGUGAUCUGGCAACAGGGCAGAGCAAUGGACGAGGAGUCUACUGGUUAUGCAUCCGCUCUUGAGAAAAGUACAAUGGUAGCCGUAGAAGCGGUGUCAAAUAUUCGUACGGUAGCGGCACUGGGGUUGGAAAGGAGGGUAGUGUCUGAGUACACGAAUCUUCUUCUACCCGCCUUAGUUACCGCAAAAUGCGCCGCGCAUUGGCGUGGUGUUGUUACAGGACUAUCGCGAUCUCUUUUUCACUUUGUUAAUGCUGCUGCUCUAACCUAUGGCAGUCAUCUUAUUGUGUCUGAUGGAAUUGCUUAUGAAGAUGUAUUGAUAGCAACACAAUCCCUGCAAAUGGCAUCGAAUCAAGCGCAGAACGCAUUUGCAUAUGCGCCGGACUUUCAUCGAGGCGUAAAUGCAGCCGCGAGAAUCAAACAACUACUCGAUACUAAACCCGCUAUUCAGGAUCCUGAAGAUUUUAUAAAUUUUGAAGCUAGCGGUAACGCGACGUUGAAAAAUGUCGAGUUUUGUUAUCCAACACGACCCACUGUUAAAGUGCUACGAGGGCUUAAUUUGCAGAUUGAUAAUGGAAUGACUAUAGCUAUAGUUGGGGAGAGUGGUUGCGGCAAAAGCACAGUCAUACAACUUUUGUUAAGAUACUAUGACCCUAUCUCAGGAUCCGUAAUGUUAGAUGACCUUCCUCUUACACGGCUACGAAUGAGUGAUAUUCGAGGUUGUUUUGGCAUCGUCUCUCAAGAGCCGACGCUUUUUGAUCGCACUAUUAGUGAGAACAUUGCGUAUGGAGAAAGUAGGAACGUGACACAACAGGAAGUGAUCGAUGCGGCGCGACUCGCUAACAUUCACGAUUUUAUUGUAUCCUUGCCAAAGGGAUACGAAACCGAUAUAGGAUCGAAAGGGAUCCAGUUAUCAGGAGGUCAGAAACAGAGGGUUGCGAUUGCCAGAGCUCUGAUACGACAUCCAAAAAUAUUGCUGCUUGAUGAAGCAACCAGCGCUUUGGACAAUGAGAGUGAGAAGGUAGUCCAAGAAGCCCUGGAAGGAGCUAAAGCUGGCCGAACCUGCGUAAUAAUCGCUCACCGCCUGAGCACAGUAAGAGAUGCAGACCUCAUCUGUGUGCUGAGCGAUGGAAGAUUGGCGGAAGUCGGCACACACACGCAUCUAAUGCAACUCAAGGGACUGUACUAUAAUAUGGUGGUAAACAAAUAAAUGUUUUUCUAUAUUUUGAUAGAUAUGACGAGUCCGUCCAACUCAUUUUUAAUACCACUACGUUUAAGGGUACCAACGCACUUGCAAUAAACCAAAAAAUAAAUGGUUUUGUUUCCUUGUAAUAUAUUAAUCACAGAGAUCUAAGAAAACUUUACUUAGUUUAUGUUGAACAUGAAUAAGUACCUAAGCAAGCAGCAUGAACUAGGUAUACCGUAGGUAUAUUUUUACUUAAGUAUUUUGUUAUUAACCGGACAUUGUCAAACCUCCACUUUCAUACGGUUGACCGACCGCUCGCGGGACAGCAGAUUUUUAUCAUUUUAUAUUGAUAAGAAUAAUUAUCAAGAUUAAAGUUUCUAUUUAUAAUUAAUAUUAGAUAAUUUAUCGAGGUUAAGUACCUACAAUAUAGACUGGCUUCAAAAUAUAAAUCAAUAAUUUUCAAAUUAAUUCUAACGUCUAAGUUCAAAUACAAUUUUAUCAUGUUUAAACAAAUUUAGAUUUUUCAGUCAUAAAUAGAAACAAACAGUAAAUAAAAACAAACAAUAUGUUUUAUUUUUAUUUUAAAUUGAUUUCACAUUAUUAGAAAGGGAUGUAGUUAGUAAACUACAGCUAGCAAAAAUCAUAUUUUUAUUUUAAAAUCAUUCCUUUCUUAUGGCCAUCCA